UGGAUCGAUCUUAAUUCCUUCGCUUAUUCAUGUACAAUCGUGUACAUGUAUUAUUUAUACUGCCGUGUUGCUAAAACACCGCAGGACAAUGUUAAAUGAUAAAUGAACAGUUUUCAGUUUGAUUCUUUUGUUAUCGAAUAUUUGUAAAACUGAAAUUAAUGCGCGGAGAAGGAUGGAUUCUAUUAAAGAGACCCUUAAUAAUGUGCGAAAGAGGCUUGUUCGAUGCGCCAACCCGAGGGCGAACACUGACGCCAUGUCGGAAGUUCUUGACAUCAUAGGUGCGCCCAUUUAUCUUUACGUCAUCACAUACGUGUGUUAUUUCGGAUACCAUUACUUAGAUGACUAUCAUUACGGUGAGAUUGAUGAAAAUGGGGAAAGAAGAUGGAUUUGGUAUUUCCAAAAAGGGUUAAUUGUGUGUAUUUAUUUUCAAAUGAUGGCAAACUGGUUUGAAAUCAGAUUUGUGGAUUCCUCUCUUGCAAAUGCAGCUAAGAAUAUGACGUUGGAUCAACAAACUCUCGAUAAGAUCAAAUUACCAGACAAAACUGAAGCUGAAAUCACUGAAAAAGGAGAUUGUAAAACUCAAAAUGAAAGUGGUGCUGUGAAAAGAAGAAAAGGCGGGAAAACUGAUAAAAAUAAUGGCUCCGCCCUGGUGCAAGUGAAGAAGAUUUCCUAUUGGUCAUGGAAACCAUGUGACAAAUGUCAAUUAAAUGCCCCGCCCCGAUGUCAUCACUGCCCAUUCUGUAAUGUGUGUGUUCUGAAAAGGGAUCAUCAUUGCUUUUUCGCGGGAAAGUGCGUAGGAUUUGAAAACCAACGACAUUUUAUUGUUUUCCUCAUCUGGGCUUCGUUCUCUACCACAUAUGCAAUGGUUUAUUUCUUACCAUUUUUUUACAAUAAUGUUUUGAUUGACCAUUCUUGGUGGGACUGCUUUUUCCCAGUGACAUUAUUUAAAUUUGUAAUUGGACAUGUGGAUUUUUACCAUUUCAACCUGAUUACCUGCUUCACAAUGAACUUCCUUUUCGUUUUUCUUAGCACCGCAUUUCUUUUAGAGCAGUAUCAACUCGUGUCAGCGGGAUGGACCCAAUUUGAGCAAACGAAAGUGGACAAACGAAAACUUCAUAUACACGACCCCAGACCUCUGUCAGCGAAGAUCAAAGCGGUACUUGGGCAACGCCCCCUGGUCACAAUUUUGUGCCCCAUUGCGCGUAUUUGGUAUCCGCCUUGUGAGGACCCCUUUCAGUGGCCUGAUCAUAAAGUCACUCAUCAUAAAGUGAAAUAACUUUAACGACGGAGAUUGCUACUACAUUUGUAUUAUGAAUAUUGUCCAUCCUUCUUAUGUAUGAUAUAAAUUAAAUGAA